UCCCGCGCACCGCGAUGUUCGAAAUAAGGAUUCAUGGAUCAUUCUUGAAUUAAAAGUCAUCCUUUGUUUAAUAGGACUCUCUUAGCGAAAUCGUGCUUUUUGUGUUUAAAUGGACAAGUGAUUUUUUGUUUUUGUUUGUUUGUAAGUGACAAUGUUGAUAGUUUUGUGCAUCUUUGCGUGUUUAGGACGAGGUGUUCUCGGUUACCUAGGUGAUGACCUGGCAGAGACGAGCCAGCUUUGCUGCAACCAGGGCACUAGUUACGCUCGCAACCACUCAUCUGAAGACUGCUCGUCUUCCAUCCCUCCUGAUGUGCCGAAGCAGUUUGCUGCGUUGUGCAUUUUUGCCAUGGACCAGUGUUGCAAGGAGUACUUCCAAAAGAAACGAGAUUGUGACAACGGGGUCGAGAUAGCAACUUCAAGGAAAAGCUGCGAUUCCACACGUGAUUCCGUCAAGAACUGCUGUGAUGAAUGUCUUCGAGGAACAUCGACGAGUUCUACCGGCCUUGUGGAGUCGUGUCAAUACACGACAAGGGGUAGCAGCGCUGAUCAAUUGUUGGCUGGUGCUGCUUUCGAGGAAUGCUGCAAGAAGGCGUUAAACACGAAUUCAGGAAAUUCCAGCUUUAUAGCACAUGAAAGGUCAGCCGUUACUUCAUCCAGAAAACCAAGUUCAUCAGUCAGCAGUAAGUAA